AUGUGGUUGUGAUACAAAACAGCAGCCAUGAAGAUAAGGCUCCGUGCAACAGCUGUAGCAGUCGUAUGUGCAGCUCUCCUGCUUUGUUCAAUUGAGGCUCAAGUUAAUCCACCUUCAGACUUGAAAUUUAAAAUUAUAGAUGAAAAUACUGUUCAAAUGUCAUGGGCAAGACCAUCUGAUGCAAUAGAAGGUUACAGGAUAACUGUGAGCUCUGCAGCUGAUGGUUCAAGUAGAGAAUUUACCUUAGCGGAUACGGCUACCCAAACUUUGUUAACAGACCUCAUACCAGAUACUGAAUAUAUUGUAACUAUAAAUUCAUAUGAUGCUGUAGAAGAAAGUGUACCUGUCACUGGACAACUUACAAUUCAAACAGGUGGCUUUGUAACAACAGGAGUAAAGAAGGUUGAAGAAAUCAAUUUGCAAAAGUGUUCCAUUAGUGCUGUUACAGAUCUAGUUUUUCUUGUGGAUGGUUCUUGGAGUGUAGGCAGAAAUAACUUUAAAUACAUAUUGGACUUCAUCAUUACUCUUGUAUCAGCAUUUGAUAUUGGAGAAGAUAAGACAAGAGUUGGAAUAGUCCAGUACAGCACUGAUACAAGGACUGAAUUCAAUUUAAAUCAGUAUUUCAGAAAAAAAGAUCUUGUUGAGGCAAUAAGAAGAAUACCAUAUAAAGGAGGCAACACCAUGACAGGGGAGGCUAUUGAUUAUCUGAUUAGAAAUGCAUUUACGGAGUCUGCUGGAGCAAGAAAUGGCUUUCCCAAAGUGGCAAUUAUCAUUACGGAUGGAAAAUCUCAGGAUGAAGUAGAAAUUCCUGCAAGAGAACUUCGUAGCACUGGAGUUGAAGUCUUUUCUUUGGGAAUUAAAGCCGCAGAUGCCAAAGAGCUGAAGUUAAUGGCAUCCCAGCCCUCAUUGACACAUGUUUUUAAUGUGGCCAACUUUGAUGGCAUUGCGGAUAUUCAGAAUGAAAUUGUCUCACAGGUGUGCUCAGGAGUUGAUGAACAGUUGGGUGACUUGGUUAGCGGAGAAGAAGCUAUAGAACCUCCUUCAAAUCUGGCAGCCUCACAAAUCUCAUCAAGAUCUAUCAAAAUCACUUGGGAUCCAUCUCCUAGUGACAUAACUGGUUAUAAGGUGGACAUUAUUCCAAUGAUAGCUGAUGCCAAACAAUUCUCAGUGAAUGUAGGACCACAAACUACUGCUUUUAAUAUAAAAGAACUUUCAGCAGAUACAGAAUACCAAAUUAAUGUUUAUGCCAUGAAAGGGCUGGCUUCCAGUGAACCAGUGUCUAUAAUGGAAAAAACACAGCCAGUAAAAGUUCGAAUCGAAUGUGCACAAGGAAUAGAUGUAAAAGCGGAUAUUGUGCUUUUGGUUGAUGGCUCCUACAGUAUUGGUAUUGCCAAUUUUGCUAAAGUAAAAGCAUUUUUAGAAGUGUUAGUUAAAAGCUUUGAGAUUUCACCUGAAAAAGUCCAAAUAAGCCUUGUGCAGUACAGCAGGGAUCCAUAUACGGAAUUUCCUUUGAACAGAUACAACAAAAUUGAAGAUGUAAUUCGAGCUAUUAAUACCUUCCCGUACAGAGGUGGAUCUACAAACACAGGCAAAGCUAUGACCUACGUAAGAGAAAAAGUCCUCAUCCCAAGCAGGGGUGCAAGACCGAACGUUGCAAGAGUCAUGAUUCUUAUUACUGAUGGAAAAUCAUCCGAUGCUUUUAAAGACCCAGCCGUAAAACUGAGGAACGCAAAUGUAGAAAUAUUUGCAGUCGGUGUUAAGGAUGCUGUGCGGUCUGAGUUGGAAGCAAUUGCUACACCCCCUGCAGACACCCAUGUCUACACUGUGGAAGAUUUUGAUGCUUUUCAAAGAAUAUCAUUUGAACUGACACAGUCCGUCUGUUUGCAAAUUGAACAGGAACUUGAAGAGAUUAAAAAAAAAGCUCGUUUACCUGCAAGGAACUUGGAAUUUUCUGAAGUGACUUCUAACAGUUUCAAAGUUACCUGGUCUCCAGCAGGAGAAAAUGUUUUGUUUUACCUUAUCAAGUAUAAAGAGGCUCUUGGUGGAGAGGAAGUCAGUGUUUCUGUACGUGCUCCAGUGACUAACACAAUCCUUACUAAUUUACUACCAAAAACUACAUAUUCUGUCAGUGUGAUCGCAGAAUAUGAAGAUGGUGAUGGACCUCCACUGAAUGGGAAUGAAACAACUUUAGAAGUCAUAGGAUCUCCACGAAACCUGAGAGUAACUGAUGAAACAACGGAUAGUUUUAAAGUUGGAUGGUCACCAGCCCCAGGGAAUGUUCUCAGAUACAGACUUGCAUAUAGACCAGUUACUGGUGGGGAAACAAGAGAAGUAACCAUCCCAGCAAAUGAAAGGGCAACCACUCUACAUAAUCUGAUGCCUGAUACAACAUAUGAAGUUUCCUUAACUGCUGAGUACUUGUCUGGAGUUGGAAAUCCAUUGGAUGGACAUGGGAAAACUGAAGAAGUGCUUGGAAGACCAAGAGACUUGAAAGUUUCAGAUGCUACAACAUCCUCAUUGAAACUAUCUUGGAAUUCAGCACCUGGCAAAGUGCAACAGUAUCUUGUCACGUAUACUCCAGUGAUUGGAGGUGAACCUAAAGAGAUAACCGUAAGGGGAGACACUACCAGUACAGAUCUCACUAACUUGGAACCAGGGACAAAAUAUGAUUUGUCAGUAACUGCUCUUUAUGCAUCUGGAGCAGGAGAGGCUCUUUCUAAACAAGGAGAAACGCUUGAAGAACGUGGUUCUCCUCGUGACCUGAUUACUAGAGACAUAACCGAUACUUCAGUUGGAGUCUCAUGGACAGCAGCUCCAGGGCCAGUUCAGAAUUACAAAAUUCUAUGGAAAUCCCUUUACGAUGGCCAGUCUGGGGAAACAACAGUUCCUGGAAAUGUAGUUAAUACUGUCUUACAAAACCUUCAACCUGAAACUAAGUAUAAAAUUUCAGUCUUGGCUUCCUACAGAAGUGGAGAAGGGCCACCUCUAGAGGGACAAGCUACAACUGAAGUGUCACCGGAUGCAAGGACUGUUAAAGUAGAUAAUGAGAAGGAGACCACAAUGAGAGUCACUUGGCAACCAGCACCUGGAAAAGUGAUCAACUAUCGUGUGGUUUACCGACCCCGUAGAGGAGGAAGACAAAUAGUGGCUAAAGUGCCUCCGACUGUUACCUCCACAGUGCUGAAACGUCUCCAGCCUCUAACAACUUACGAUAUUACUGUCAUUCCAACGUAUAAAACUGGCGAAGGAAAACACAGAAAAGGCGAAGGAACUACAGCUUCUCCAUUUAAACCUCCCAAAAAUCUGCAGACUUCAGAUCCUACAAGGUCAAGCUUUCGUGUAACCUGGGAGCCAGCCCCUGGGGAAGUUAAAGGGUACAAAGUCACUUUCCAUCCAAGUGGAGAAAACAGACAACUUGGUGAAUUGGUACUUGGGCCGUAUGACAAUACUGUUGUAUUGGAGGAGCUGAGGGUUAGAAAAUGCAUGAUUUGUAAGCUAUAUUCUGCUUCCCAGUUUAUGAUCCUUGUAUUGAUUAAAGUUCAGAAUUUAUUGUUUUACGCAGAAGAAAGUCAUACUUUUAAAUCUUCAGGUCCUGGAGUAGCUGUUCUCAGCUUAGAAUGUAAAACCAGAACUGAAGCAGAUAUUGUAUUGCUGGUGGAUGGUUCUUGGAGCAUUGGUCGAGCAAAUUUUAAAACAGUCCGGAGCUUUAUUGCUAGCAUUGUUCAAGUAUUUGAUAUUGGUCCAGACAAAGUGCAAGUCGCUCUUGCACAGUAUAGUGGAGAUCCAAGAACAGAAUGGAACCUCAAUGCCCAUUCAACUAAACAGAGUUUAUUGGACGCUGUGGCCAAUUUGCCAUAUAAAGGAGGCAACACCCUAACAGGAAUGGCUUUGAGCUUCAUCUUAAGAAACAAUUUUAAGACUGAAGCUGGCUUGAGGCCUGGAGCUAAAAAAAUCGCUGUCCUCAUUACUGAUGGCAAGUCACAGGAUGACAUAAAUAUUCCAUCAGACAGACUGAAGGAACAGGGAGUGGAGAUCUUUGCUAUCGGUAUUAAAAAUGCGGAUGUGAAUGAACUGAAGCAGAUUGCAAGUGAUCCGGAUGACACCCAUGCUUUCAAUGUUGAAGAUUUCAACCUUCUGGUUAACAUUGUUGAUAGUGUCACUGAUAAUUUGUGCAAUAGCGUGAAAGGAUCAGGUGAUUUGUCUCUGCCACCCACCAAUCUAGUUACUUCUGAAGUGACCCCUCUUUCGUUCAGAGUGUCUUGGACUGCACCCACUGAGAGUGUGGAUAGAUACAGAGUUGAAUAUUAUCCUGCCCGAGGAGGCACACCACAGGAGGUCUUUGUAAGUCGUUCGGACACUACUACUGUCCUCACUGGCCUCAAGCCUGAAACAGAAUAUGUUGUGAAUGUAUUUUCUAUUGUAGAAGGAACCAGUAGUGAACCAUUAAAAGGGACUGAAACAACAUUGUCAAUCCCUUUGGUGAGGAGCCUGAAUGCUUAUGAUGUCACUUCAAGGACAAUGCGUGUGCGGUGGGAACCUGUAAAAGGAGCUACUGGUUACAUGUUAUUAUAUGAGCCUGUCAAUGCCACAAUACCAGCAACUGAAAAAGAGAUGCGGGUAGGAGCAUCAGUGAAUGAUGUACAGCUGGUUGACUUGAUCCCAAAUACUGAGUACACUUUAACAGUUCAUUCAACUUUUGGUGACCUCAUUAGUGAUCCACUCACUACUCAGGAAGUCACAUUACCUUUAAGCGGAGCAAAAAGACUAAGGCUAAGUGAUGUCACUCACAGCAACAUGAAAGUCAAUUGGGAUCACGCUCCAGGAAAAGUUCGUAAUUACAUAGUGAAAUAUAAAGCAGCUGGAGAAGAUGAUGUAAAAGAGGUGAAAGUGGAUCCAUCCCAGACCAGCACGUCUCUUCCUGAUCUUUUUUCAAAAACACUCUACCACGUAGAACUUGCUGCAGAAUAUGAUGAUGGGCUCUCUGUGCCAGUAGCAGCAGAAGCCACCACUUUACCUGUACCAGCACCGCUCAAUUUGAGAACAGAUCAAGUCACCACAACUAGUUUCAGAGGGACUUGGGAUCAUGGAGCACCUGAUGUAGCUCUCUACCGAGUAAUGUGGGGGCCUUAUGGUGAACGUGAAAAACAGGAGACAAUUCUAAAUGGUGAUGAAAAUACGCAACUUUUUGAAAAUCUUAUCCCAGACACAUUGUAUGACAUCUCAGUUACUGCAAUUUAUCCUGAUGAAUCAGAGAGUGAUGAAUUGAUUGGGAGUGAACGUACAUUGCCCAUUGUGCCUAUAACAACACCAGUACCAACGAGUCCCCCACGGAAUCUCCAGGUAUAUAAUGCAACAUCCAAUAGCUUGACUGUCAAGUGGGAUCCUGCCAUUGGACGUGUGCAACGUUACAGGAUCAAUUACCGACCUGCUACGGGUGAUGGUCCUGAACUUUCGUCCACAGUAGGAGGAAGCAAGAACAGCAUCGUGCUUCAGAAGCUGCGGCCUGACACCCCUUACCGCAUUACAGUUUCUUCGAUUUAUGCAGAAGGGGACGGAGGACAAAUAUCAGGAAAGGGCAAGACCAAACCUCUCAACACCGUAAGGAAUCUUAGAGUUUAUGAUCCAACCACUAGCACGUUGAAUGUACGAUGGGAUCAUGCGGAAGGAAAUCCUCGUCAGUACAAGGUGUAUUAUACACCCGUGGCAGGAGGAACAGAGGAAAUGGUAACUUUGCCUGGGAAUACAAACUAUGCCGUUCUAAAGAAUCUCCAGCCCGACACUCCACACAAAGUAACCGUUGUCCCUGUUUACUCAGAGGGUGAUGGAGGCCGGGUGUCUGAUACGGGGAAAACAUUGAUGAGGGGGACACCAAGAAACAUCCAGAUUUAUAACCCAACAACAAACAGCCUUAAUGUCCAGUGGGAGGCUGCACCAGGUCCAGUGCAGCAGUACAAAGUUGUCUAUAAUCCAUUAGCUGCCACAACGCCAUCAGAAUCUGUAAUUAUCCCAAGCAACACGCGCAACGUUUUACUGGAACGUCUGUCUCCUGAUACUCCUUAUUCAAUAAAUGUCGUUGCUUUGUAUGCUGAUGGAGAAGGGGAUCCAAGUACAGGACAGGGAAGAACAUUGCCUCGUAGUGGACCCAGGAACAUAAGAGUAUUUGAUCCAACAACAAACAGUCUUUCUGUUCAGUGGGAUCAUGCAGAUGGACCUGUGCAGCAAUAUAGAAUUAUAUAUAGUUCUAUUUCUGGGGACCCCAUAGAUGAAUAUGUGGUCAUGCCCUAUAUCCAAGACAAGGCUACUCAGUUAUGUAUAGACAAUAAUUUCUUGGAAGAAAUACAUAGAACUAUUUGUUUAGUCUUUGUGUUCUCCAGUGAAACUAAUUUUACAAAUCUUAAUAUAAUCAAGCCAACUGAGCCUCCAACGCAACCACCUACGCCACCUCCACCUCCAACAAUCCCACCUGCACGGGAUGUAUGCAAGGGUGCCAAAGCUGAUAUAGUCUUCUUGACUGAUGCUUCUUGGAGUAUUGGAGAUGAAAAUUUCAACAAAGUGGUGAAAUUUGUUUUCAACACGAUUGGUGCAUUUGACCUAGUAAAUCCAAAUGGAAUUCAGGUUUCCUUUGUGCAAUACAGUGACGAUCCAAAAUCUGAGUUCAAUUUGAACACGUAUGAUGAUAAGGCCCAGGCCCUGGGAGCCCUUCAGUAUAUUCAAUAUAGAGGAGGGAACACAAGAACAGGAAAGGCACUUGCAUUUAUCAAAGACAAGGUGCUUAUAUGGGAAAGAGGCAUGAGGAAAGGAGUUCCCAAAGUCCUUGUGGUCGUAACAGAUGGUCGGUCACAAGAUGAAGUGAUGAAAGCUGCAGCUGUCAUACAGCAGUCUGGUUUCAGUGUAUUUGUUAUUGGUGUAGCUGAUGUUGAUUACCACGAACUAGCCAAAAUGGCAAGUCAGCCAAGCGAACGCCAUGUCUUUAUAGUUGACGACUUUGAUGCUUUUGAAAAGAUUGAAGAUAACCUCGUCACUUUUGUUUGUGAGACAGCUACCUCAACUUGUCCUCUCAUGUACUUAGAUGGAUACACUUCUCCCGGCUUCAGGAUGCUGGAAGCUUACAAUUUAACAGAAAAAUAUUUUGCUUCAGUACCUGGAGUUUCCUUGCAGUCAGGAUCUUUCCCAAGCAACGUGGCAUACAGGCUUCACAAAAAUGCUUUUGUUAGCCAGCCCACUGUGGAUAUUCAUCCGGAUGGAUUAUCAAAGGCUUACACGAUAAUAUUUUUAUUCCGUCUUCUCUCAGAAACCUCUAAUGAACCAUUUGCAAUUUGGCAGAUAACAGACAGAAAUUACAGACCACAAGUUGGAGUUGUUCUUGACCCUUCCAGCAAAGUGCUAUCAUUCUUUAACAAAGACACAAGAGGAGAAAUUCAGACUGUAGCAUUUGAAGGUGAUGAAAUAAAGAAACUCUUUUACGGAAGUUUCCACAAGGUUCAUCUUGUUAUAACAUCCACAAGUGCUAAGAUUUAUGUUGACUGUGUUGAAAUUAUGGAAAAGCCUAUUAAGGAAGCCGGAAAUAUCACAACUGAUGGCUAUGAAAUCCUUGGUAAAUUACAGAAAGGUGAUAAGAAAACAGCACCAUUUGAUAUACAGAGCUUUGACAUUGUGUGCAAUGCAGUUUGGACCAGCAGAGAUAGAUGCUGUGACAUUCCUUCUAAGAGGGAUGAAGCAAAAUGUCCAUCAUUGCCAAAUGCUUGUACAUGUGUACAAACCAGUGUGGGGGCUCCAGGACCUCCAGGACCUGCUGGAGCUCGAGGUAUCAGUGGUUCAAGAGGUGAAAGAGGCUUAAGUGGACCUCCUGGGCCACCAGGUGCUCGUGGAGAUUCAGGCCCUCCAGGCCCUCAAGGGCCAUCAGGACCACAAGGAAUGAAUGGGCUUUCCAUUACAGGAGAACCUGGACGUCAAGGGCCAAAGGGUAACCCUGGAGAACCUGGACUACCAGGGCGAUCAGGAUCACCAGGCCUAAGUGGCCCUCCUGGCGCAAUGGGCCCACCAGGUGACAGAGGCUUUACUGGAAAAGAUGGCCCAUUAGGACCAAGAGGUCCCCCAGGACCAGCGGGUACCCCAGGCGUGCCUGGAGUUGCUGGUCCAGCUGGGAAACCAGGUGAUCGUGGUUCACCGGGUCCAGUUGGAUUGAAAGGUGAAAAAGGUGACCGAGGAGACAUUGCUUCCCAGAGUAUUAUGCGAGCUGUGGCAAGACAAGUCUGCGAACAAAUGAUCAACAACCAAAUGACCCGAUUUAACCAGAUGCUAAAUCAAAUUCCAAACGAUUACCAUUCAAGUCGCAGCCAGCCUGGACCUCCAGGGCCACCAGGUCCCCCUGGAUCUCCUGGGUCCUCAGGAGAGCCUGGAAGUGGAGGCAGGCCAGGAUUUCCGGGCUCACCUGGCAUGCAAGGAUCCCCUGGCGAGCGAGGGCCGCCUGGAGAGAAAGGUGAAAGAGGAAUUGGAAUACAAGGAUCACGAGGUUUGCCAGGGCCACCAGGUCCACAAGGAGAAUCCAGAAGUGGCCCACCAGGUUCUACAGGUUCCCGAGGUCCACCUGGGCCACCUGGCCGACCUGGUAAUGGUGGUAUCAGAGGCCCUCCUGGGACCCCUGGAUACUGUGAUUCAUCCCUGUGUGCUAGCAUUGCUUACAAUGGCCAAGGAUACCCAGAGUCCUAUGUACCUGACAGUGGACCAUAUCAGCCUGACAGUGAGGCCUACAUAGUACCAGUGGAACCUGAAAGAAGAGAUGAGCACUAUGAGGACUAUGGAUCUGAUAUGCACUCACCUGGGUUCCCUGAACAUAUGCGCUGGAAACGUUCCUUAUCAAGAAAAGCAAAAACAAAACCAUAAAUGUCUUAUUUUCUCACUCCUCUCUCCCCACCCCCUCUCCCUUUGGGUAUUUGUUUUUGUUGUUGCCAUUCUCUCAUAUGUAGAUAUGCUAUUCCUCCUACCGUGUUUCCAAGCAGAAGUACAACUUAAAUCUUCUGAGAAAUAUCUGGCGUAUGUGGGAAUAGCAAUAGAUGUUGCUACACAUUUCGUUCUCUCUCUGUCUCUCUUGGAAUGCCUGUAAUAUACCUGUGCUUCAGGUGGCUGUGUUAAACCUUAACAAGUGCAUCAAAGUGACCGCAAGGCUACAGUUCUUUUAAUAUAUAUAUAUAUAUAUAUAUAACAACCACAGAAAUCCCACCUUCUUCACAGCUACUACAAGUAAUCUGGAUGUCUCAGCAAUGGAAGAGCUUGCCUUAUCAUUUUCUUCCUCAUCAAAUUGCUUGCUCAGUAAUUCAGUCACUGUUACCAAUCUGCAACAUCUAAUAAAAGAAGAAAUUUCCCUUUCCACAUGAGCAAUUUCUUCUACUUUUUGCAUAUAUCUUGCAGGGCACAUACAGUACUGCUUUUAUGCAUCCCUUUUAACAACCACAAACCUUUAAAUAAUAUAGCUGGCAUCCUUGUAUCAACUGGAUACAAUUUUAAAAGAAGUAAUGGCUUAAUUUUCCUUGUUUUAGAGACUUUAACAUUUAUGCCAAAUUGCAGUCAAUCCUGCAGAGAUGGAAUUGCAUGUUUGUGUUGUAUAUUUAGUUAUGAUUCCCCUUCUCUCCAGAAUAUAAUGUUUCAUAGUUAUCAGAAAAAAAGCAGUUGGAAAUUGUUUGCAAGACUAUGGAUAUAGAAUUGCUGCUUUUAUAUUUUAACUGCAAAUUGUGAAUUUCACUGCCUUAUAUUAUUUAUUUCUGAAACAAAAGAGGCAUUUUUCAAUAAAACUACUG